CGUUCUCCGCCAUGUGCUUCGGCGGUGUGCAAUUUGGUUUUCGUCGCCCAGUGGUUCCCGUCUAGUGGCUUUUGUCGCCUUGUGGUUCCCACUACUUGGGCCUGGACAGGUAUUCGCAAGGAACGAAAGCAUAAAAACGUUCCGUGCGACGCCAUGGGUAUCUGGAGGUUGCAACGAGCACUGAGGAGAAGCUGGAGCAUGCACAGCGAAAUACUCCGCUGCCAGAGACUCUGGCAGAGCCGGCUGCCGGUAUUGACAGCCAGCAGCUCAACCCAGGCGGAACGGCACAAGGACGUGGAGCACAUCCGCAACAUCGGUAUCUCGGCGCACAUCGACUCCGGCAAGACCACGUUGACAGAGCGGCUGCUCUUCUACACGGGCCGCAUUGACCAGAUGCACGAGGUGAAAGGCAAGGACCAGGUAGGCGCUGUGAUGGACUCGAUGGAGCUGGAACGGCAGCGGGGCAUCACAAUCCAGUCAGCGGCCACCCAGGUCUACUGGGGCUCCACAGCCAUCAACAUCAUUGACACUCCUGGCCAUGUUGACUUCACCAUCGAAGUGGAGCGCGCCCUUCGUGUGCUUGAUGGUGCCGUGCUGGUCCUCUGUGCUGUUGGGGGGGUGCAGUCACAAACACUGACUGUGUGUCGUCAGAUGCGACGCUAUUCAGUUCCCUGCGUGGCCUUCAUCAACAAGCUGGACCGCAUGGGAGCCAAUCCGCUCAAAGUCUUGGGGCAACUCAGGUCCAAGCUUCAGUACAAUGCAGCCCUGCUUCACUUGCCCAUAGGGCUUGAGGGAAACCACAGUGGGGUGGUGGACCUGAUCCAUCGCCGAGCCAUCUACUGUCGUGGAGAGCAUGGGGAGGAGGUGUGCUAUGAAGAUACACCACCAGACAUGCGGACAGAAAUGGAAGAACGGCGGCAUGAGCUCAUUGAACAUGUUUCAAAUGCAGACGAGAUGCUUGGGGAGAUGUACUUGGAGGAGAAGACGCCCUCAGAGGAGCAACUAAUGGCAGGCAUCCGUCGUGCUUGCCUGCAGCGCAAGUUCUUCCCUGUGCUGAUGGGCACUGCACUGCGCAACAAAGGUGUGCAGCCACUUCUGGAUGCGGUGGUCCAAUACCUGCCCAACCCUGCCGAGGUCACCAACUAUGCCCUGGACGAGAGAGACCCUGCCAAUGUCAAGAAGGUGGUCUUGAACCCAGCCCGGGACGACAGCCACCCCCUGGUUGCUCUGGCCUUCAAGCUGGAGGCUGGGCGUUUUGGUCAGCUGACGUACCUGCGGGUGUACCAGGGCCACCUGCGCAAGGGCGACACCCUGUGGAACACUCGCACAGGUCGCAAGGUUCGGGUGCCACGUGUGGUGCGUAUGCACGCCGCCGAGAUGGAGGAGGUUGGGGAAGCCUUUGCGGGAGACAUCUGCGCUGUCUUCGGUGUUGACUGCGCCUCAGGUGACACAUUUGUCACCGAUGCCAACCUCAAGCUAUCCUUGGAGUCAAUCCAUGUGCCAGAGCCUGUGAUCUCCAUGUCCAUCCGUCCAAAGGACAACAAGGACAAUGACAGCUUCUCCAAGGCGGUGAACCGAUUCUGUCGUGAGGACCCCACCUUCCAUGUCAAGUAUGACACAGACAACAAAGAGAUGAUCGCCUCAGGCAUGGGAGAGCUGCACCUGGACGUCUAUGGUCAGCGCAUGGCUCGUGAGUACAACUGCCCCGUGACACUGGGCAAGCCUAAGGUUGCCUUCCGGGAGUGCCUGACUGCCCCCUGCGAGUUUGACUACCUGCACAAGAAGCAGCACGGAGGUGCUGGACAGUAUGGACGGGUCAUCGGAUACCUCGAGCCACUUCCACCAGAGCGCAAUACAGAAGUGCUGUUCCAGGAUGACACCAUUGGCACCAAUGUUCCCAAGCAGUUUAUUCCUGCCAUUGAAAAGGGUUUCCGAGCAAUGUGCGAGAAAGGGUGCCUUACUGGUCACAAGAUUGCUGGCGUACGAUUCCGGCUCGUUGACGGUGACAACCACAUGGUGGACUCAAAUGACAUUUCCUUCUUCCUGGCAGCUCAGGGUGCCAUUAAACAGGCAUAUGAAUACGGUAGCUGGUACCUGCUGGAGCCAAUCAUGAUGGUGGAGGUGACGGCGCCCGACGAAUUCCAGGGCGCGGUACUCAGCUCACUGAGCAAGCGCCAGGGGGUGGUUGUCUCAACGGACGCCAGCGAAGGAUGGUUCACCAUCAUGGUCGAGGUGCCGCUAAACAACAUGUUUGGCUACUCGACAGAGCUACGUUCCAUGACACAGGGCAAGGGCGAGUUCACCAUGGAGUACUCGCGCUACUCCCCAGCGAGGCCCGAGGUACAACAGCAGCUGGUUGAAGAGUAUCGAGCCGAUCAGGAAGCUGCUGCAGCUGCUGCUGCCGGGGGUGGGAAAAAGAGACGCUGAGCGUAUUUCCUUUAUUAGGUUAUGUAGAAACCAAACUUUUCAUGACAAAAUGCCCGGUGCUCAUCUUGCAAGGACAGUGCUGUACUGUGUGCUCAACAGAAACGUGGCCUGGCCGAUUCUGAUGGAUCGUCAUCAUACUGUCCCUACCCAUAGAUUGCAAGUCAAUCUAUGUGCGACUGUCUAGCAUUGAUGCCCAGGCAAUCGACAACUGCAGAGGUUGUCAGUUCUCAACCUUCAGAACCUUAAAACCUGUGUUAACUGCAUGAGCACAGCCUGCAUUCAACUCUGAUUGCUCGCACAGAGGCCAGAGACAUUAUGACGAAAGUGAUUUCAGACCUCAAAGCCGUUAAGAAUGUGCACUUCUACAUUGUUGUUUACAGUUUUGCACCUUGGCGUGCUGCUUAUGUGCUUUCAGUGCCAAGUUCACGCCUGAUGGGGUAAUUGUCCAUCAUGUUUUAUGCAGUGCGCACAGCACAGAACUGUUAACAAUUGACAAUUUUGAGGGAAUGUGUUGCUUUUGGGUCCAGUGGACUCCGUAGAAUGCAUGCUUACAAUACGAGAAGACUUCUUGGGGAGUCUCUAUUGUGCUGGACAGAUACCACAUGUUGCUGACUUUUGACUUGUGCUUUAGCAUUGUUAGCAUUCUAGGAAAAGAUUGCAUGCUGACAUUCUCAGGUUAGUCAGUCCAUCUUUUGAAGCCAUCAGGCAUUGUAUUGUAUUGUACUUUGGGUUUUGUAUGUACAGAUCAUGUUGAUUUCUGCAGCAUCAAGUUUAGUAACUUGUGGUCUAGUUGAGAUUGCUUCAACUGAAUUGAGGAAUCGAUGUUACUGUUUAUGUUCCUCCCUAUGCUCGUUUCCUCUCGACCGUAUACACCAUUCAGUAACUUUUUGGCUCGAUUAUUUGCUGUUCAUUUUUCACAAAUGACUGAAUGAAGUAGUAUGCAUGAUUGCUUCCUUCUGGAAGUCAGUGCUGUUAAAUAAAAAAGAAAAUGAGUUGUUUUACUUUAGGCAUUUCCGUUUGGAAUCAAACUUACAUAUGUCCAUGUAUUAAAGAAAUGUUAAUGAACUCACCACAUUAUCAUCACUAGGCCAUUGCAAGAUUAUCAUACAGCAAGUCAGUCAAUAAACCUCACACCUUAAGCACUUUGA